AUGCCUACGGGAAGCACUGAUGAGGCUAUAUUCGGAAGUCCAGAUCUUUCGGAAUUCUCCUGCUUUGCUGAAGUCCCAACCAAAUUACCCUCCUCAAUUCAAGGCCAGGAGGGAUCCCAAAUGUGGCCCACUUCGGAAAAUGGGACUUCAAAACCCCUAGCAGAGGAGAAUGGAGCUAGAAAAUGUUCCAAAUCUUCGGCUACGACUCCCGAUUCUACAGAGAGUGGUGAUGAGGAAGAUAUUCUGGGAUUAAUUAGCUCCUCCCUUGAUCGUUUCAAUGCCCUGCUUCAUCAUAAUUCACAGACCACCUCCCUUCCCAUUCCCGUGAACCGUUCCGAGAUCCCUGUUCACGAUAUUGGAUCCGCUAUACCCACAACGAAUUUUCCAAAUUCGAUGCUGUCGUCUUGGUCCCCUUUCGCAAAAACUCAAGGUCCCCCCAGUAGCCUAAGCUACUCCUCAACCAAUAGCCCGGUGGCUCUACAACAGAAAUCUAUGCCAUGUCCCCCCGGUCUUCCCAGACUCAACCACCAGCAGCAGCAGCAACAACAACAACAACCAUCUACUACAACUAGCGGCAUUCUCAAAUCAAUUGGUUUAGCAGAUGGUCUUCCCAGCACACAACGCAAACAGCGCAGUGUUUCGCAAACAUUUUCCGAUACAGAUGAAACUUCGUCUUUAUGGGAGACACACUGGAAAGCACUGCCUUCUGAAAUGGCCAUGCUGAGUGUUGAUUCCGGAAUCGAUGGAGGCGACCUCUACUUGAUGCCGAAUUGGCUCCCCAAUUCCAACAACAACAACAAUGCAACAAACACAACUUCUUCCGUUUCAUCAUCUUCAGCAUCUACAGGAGGUUGUGCUGUAAAUGGAAUGAAUGAAUGUUGUGGUGCUGGCAACGCUUUCCCGCCGGUUCUCAACAGUGGAAAUUUCAGCCCAGCUAUGGAUUCCUUUCCACCGCACUCACAUUUCCAAAUUCCCACCUCGGUGGCGUCAAACCCGCAACAGACCUUCGAAUUUCCUCCUUUCGAUACGAAUUUAAUCAAGCAGGCUGCUGUGAUUGCGGCAGCUGCUGCUCAGGCAGCGAAUGAAGCUUCCAAGGCACCUCAACUUCUUCAACCCCCUAAUGAUUUGCGCUCUUUCCUCUGGCUUACGCCCUCUUGGUCCUCCACUGCCGAUUGCAGUCCCUCUACGGAAACCUCCCAAAUGCAUUUUCAUCCUGGUGACCAUCACCAACACCUAACCUCGCGUUUCGAAACUACAUUUCGUCAGCAGCAACAACAGCAGUCUAGACAGCUCUACAAUCGCCGCAAAGCUGAUUCCAUUUGUUUUUCAUCUGCAGCGCGACAGAACUCCAGCCUUCUUGCUUCGGCGUCGAAUAGCACUAACACAAAUGUCAACAACCGAAUGAAGUCUCACAUCGGCCAAUUAGGUUCACCUCCGCCCACGAGUGAUCUAUGUUGUCAACAUGUGUCGAAAUCUUAUGGAAAUACUCCUCAAAAAUUUGCUAGGGUUGAAAUUUUACAAGGUUUAUUGUUGGACGGUGAAUACAAUGGUCUUCUUACAGUCUCUCUGCACACUGUCGACAUUCAUAAUGAACCCCUAUUAUGGGAUAGCUCAUGGGAUUAA